AGCAGCUUUUGCCUUCACAGAGGAGUGUGAGAAGUCGGGAGAAAGUUUGGGGCGCGAGACAGGUGUUGCAGCUGCUGCGCCCGCGCCCCUCUCGGCACUGUCCCAUCCCCUACCCGCGACUGGUCUUCGCUCCUAUCCGGGUGCCUCUGGAAUAAGAGAAGCCGGCAAGCCACCACUCCUGCUUCCUCUCGUUUUCCCGCUGCCGCUUGACGAGUCUCCCCAUCUGCCUGUGGGUCCGACGCAGCCAUGUCCAUCCCGUUCUUCCAUUCCGCCACCGUCAAGCGCCUGCUGGCCUGGAAGCUGUUCGUGUACAACGAGCAGGAUGGCAAGGUGUACGAGAAUGCUGUCAAGACCCUGGUGAAGAAGGCCAACAGCACCAAGCAGCUGGAGGAGCUGGAGAAGGCUAUCACCACUCAGAAUGCUGGCACCAAGUGCAUCAUCAUCCCCAGACCUCUGCUUGAACAGAUGUAUUCGUGCUACGGAAAUAACUUCCCGCACGUUCUCUACUGCCGGCUGUGGCGAUGGCCAGAUGUGCAAAGCCACCAUGAUUUGCAUAGCUUGGAAACGUGUGAACAUGCCUUCCACAAAAUGAAGUCUGAAGUCUGUGUGAAUCCGUAUCACUUCCAGAGAGUGGAAACGCCACAGCUACCUCAAGUGCUCGCGCCAAUACAGCCAGAAGGUCCAGCUUCAUAUCCUCCAUCGGUGGAUCACAGCUACUACGCUAAAGGAAACGCUAACGUCCAGGCAAGCUUUGUCCCUCAAAGCAGCAACUUUAACGCUAACGUCCAGGCAAGCUUUGUCCCUCAAAGCAGCAACUUUAACGCUAACGUCCAGGCAAGCUUUGUCCCUCAAAGCAGCAACUUUAACGCUAAUGUCCAGGCAAGCUUUGUCCCUCAAAGCAGCAACUUUAACGCUAAUGUCCAGGCAAGCUUUGUCCCUGAAAGCUGCAACUUUGUAGAAACACCAUCCACUGUGAUCCAUUAUCUUCCUGACAAUGCUGCAGCCGGUAGUAGCCAGCAGGUGAACUACAGCACGGAUACAUCUCAAGCUCAGAUGGCCCCUGGACCCAGUAAGCUGAACCCCGAGCCCAUCCUGUACUGUGAACCAGCCUUUUGGUGUUCCAUUUCCUACUAUGAGCUCGGCCAACGCGUUGGAGACAUCUUCCAUGCUUCGCAGCUCUCCGUGACUGUAGAUGGCUUCACCGACCCUAUCAAUCCUGAACGUUUCUGCUUAGGCCAGCAGUCCAAUGUCAACCGCGAUUCUGUCGUGGAGCAAACCAGACGGUACAUCGGGAAAGGAGUGAGACUCAGCUACGUCGACGGGGACGCGUUUCUGGAGUGCCUUGGCAAGAACCCCGUUUUUGUCCAGUCUGGGAUCUGUAACCAGCUCUAUGGAUGGGAUCCAUCCACUGUUGUAAAAGUUCCAAAUGGAUGCAACUUGAAGAUCUUCUACAAGAAAGAAUUUGGUACCAUUUUGUCCCAGUCUGCGACCCGGGGCUUUGAAGCGGUCUACCAGCUGACGAAGAUGUGCAUCAUCCGAAUGAGCUUCGUCAAGGGCUGGGGAGCUGAAAGCAAGCGGCAGACAAUCACGAGUGUUCCCUGCUGGAUUGAGAUCCAUCUGAACGGCGCCUUGCAGUGGAUGGACAAGUUCUUGACCCAGGCUUGUUCUUCACACACCAAAUGUUCCAGCAAGUCUUAAAGAAGUUGGAAGCAGAAGCCAAGACCAGGAAAUGGAAUUCGUUUGACUCCUGGCAGAGAGCAACCUAAGUUAUAAUC